AUGCAUAUUCGGAAACUACUUAAGAAAAUGGAUCGUCCAAAUGGUCUUUAUCCAAAUUAUUUGAAUCCAAGAACAGGGCGCUGGGGUCAGUUCCUAGCUAUAGAAAAACAUCUUAUUAAGAAGUCCCGGGGAGGUCUUGUCUUUAUUGGAGAAUGGAAGAAUGGGCACUUGGAAAAGAAGAUGGGGCAUUUGGCCUGCUUUGCUGGGGGAAUGUUUGCACUAGGAGCAGAUGGUUCCAGAAUGGAUAAAGCUGGUCAUUAUUUAGAGCUAGGAGCGGAAAUUGCACGUACAUGUCAUGAGUCAUAUGACAGAACUGUACAACCUAAUAACAAGAAAGAAAGGUGGCAGCUGAGCGUUGUAAUUGUGUGUGACCCCACCAUCCCAAUGGCAGAUGACCUUAUAUUGCCCAGGUUUAAGGCCAUCGAAAAGUAUUGCCGAGUCAGUGGUGGAUUUUCUGGGGUCAAGGAUGUAUAUUCCUCUACUCCUACACAUGAUGAUGUACAGCAAAGCUUCUUUCUUGCUGAAACAUUAAAAUAUUUGUAUCUGCUGUUCUCUGGUGAUGACCUUUUACCUUUAGACCACUGGGUGUUUAAUACAGAGGCUCACCCUCUGCCUGUGUUACAUUUAGCCAACACCACACUUUCAGGUAAUCCUGCUGUUCGAUGAAAGCAGCUCCAGAAGGACGAUUCUCACCUGUGUUUUGUUUACAUGGACCACUAUAGAAUUAGUCUGGAGAGGCAGCUUUUGAAAACCUGGACCUCUAAGUCAACAUGGCAGGGUGAAACUAUUCCCCGAAAGACUUUUCAACUUGUAGAUAUAUCAACUUUGAAAUUAUUCCAUUUUAUACCUGACCAAAACGUGUUGUGGUAUGUGCUUUGAUUCUUAAUGAGGUGGUCACAUGAAAAAUGAUUCCUAUUACAACUGUGUUGUUUUAGAGUCUUGGAGGCUAGACUUCCUAAGAGUAAGCCAAGAAUAUAGAGCACCUUGCAGGAGUUAAAGAUGGCCUUUGGAACCGGUUAUAUAUUUGUUUCCUCCUACAGUGGAGCAGCUUUCAAAUCAAAUAUUUACACAUUGUUUAUCCCUUUUUUCUUCAUUUUUUAAAUAAUGGAAUGAACUAAGAUAAAUAAGAACAAAAGAAUAGUAUAACUGCAUCAGUGACAAGAAGACUUAAAAAAGGAACAGAAGUACCUGUCCCUGUCUGAAUUUUCAAGUUCCCCGUUGGAUGACCAGACUGGCAACCACUUCAAAUCCCAAUCUAUUUCAUUGGAAUUUCUUGGUUAAAUUUAAUUUUCUCCGGGGGCAUGAUCUCACAAAGAAUAUUCUUCAAGUCUUUGUCUCCAUAUGGAAUCACUGAAACUACUAUUUAUAACCACUACUUACGAGCCUGGGUUUGGGAUUUUGUGCAUGUAGUGCAGUCUUGUGUUGGUAGCAUGACAAAAAAUGGGGAAAAUGCCACAGUUUGUUGCCUUGAAACCUGUUCUAAAAGAAAUCCUUGGUUUUGUUGGCAGAUUAUUUUUCCGAACCAACAAAUCUACUAAGUAAAGUUCAUCCACUUAAAUGUCAUAAUAAAGUUAAUAGAGUCACUCAA